GUGGUGUGCACUCCAUACUAAAUAUUAUGCAUACGUCAUAUGUCAUCCAAGGGCCUUAAAAACGCGCGGUUCGAGCAGAUCGAUCAGUGCCUGCGGCAAGUGGUCCCUCUUGUCUCAGCUGCCGGGUCUUUCUGCAACAUUUGCAAACUGCUAGCGCUACCGAGCAUGCAGGCAAUUGCAAGGAUGGCCAACUUUCCCCAAAGGUUGUUACCGGUUGCUUUGCUGCCAAUCGUCAUUGCGACUUUCAUCACGGCAGAGCAGUCUUGGCAAUCCGGAGCCAACCUAGAGCACUACAUUUCAAGCGCCCCCAGCCUGGCGACGAAAAAGGGCCAAGCUGGACUCUCCUCAUCAUCAUUAGCUGGUACGAUGGAGAUCAGUGCCAGUCAUACAGCUCCAUCGGUGGAUGUGGUAGGGACUCAGGUCGUACGUGAGCCGUCCGAUCACGAGCAAGAAUUCCACCACUCUGGCGGACUGAAAUGGGUGGAUUCCAACAACGGUGAAAGGUUUGCAAUGAUGGGCCUGGAAGAUGCCGAAGAAGAAAAAGGCCAGCGAGCACAAGAAAAACCAGCUGGUAACGUCUCAACCGAUGGAGAGUCGGUUCUCGUCGUUACCAUCAACAUAACUGGUUUUAUGACACCCACUAACGGUCCAAACCGUAUGGACGCACUUCAUCAGACCGAAUCAAGAGUAGUUUACAGAUCGAUAACCAACUGGUUUCCAAAAAUGAGGUUAACGUCCGAGGAAACAAUCGCGCGGUGUACCGUGGAGCUGCCCAUGAAGGUCCUUUCGUUAGCCCUGGCUCAGCUCAUGAAGAAGGGAACAACACCGAGUCAGAUCGUGAACCCUCAGUACCAGCACCAACAUCUGCACAACAACUUCCGCCGGAACAGAAGAUGUGGAUAGUUGGGAGGCAUGGGCCUACUUUUGAGGACAUUAUUGUAUUCGGGCGAUGUAUAAAAUGUACAUAAAAUGUACAGAUAGAGAAUCUGGUGUAGUUUUUGUACAGAUGACAGGCUUUGUACAGGCUUUCAUCAUAUACAUAUAGUAUCUGCUGGGAAGGAGAUAUCCUUCUUGGAUCUCCGUUUGUGUGUUCACAGCUAUAACUCUAAUUUUUUGUAUAAGCUGUAGCUUUCGACAGUUGUAUUAGUCUGUUUUAUAUUAAAAAGUAAUGUUUUGCUUGACUUUA